AUGUCCCAAGCUCAAAAGGGAAGAGGAUCAUGGUUCGCGUCUAUACUAGAGGCCGUUGGUGGAGAUGCAUCUAGGACAUAUGAAGGGAAGUCCCACAUGCUCUUCAUUCUUUGGGGGUUUCGUAUACACAAUUACCCAGACAUUGGACUCACAGAGAUGAAGAGACAUCAGGUGAGCUCCAAUCAAAAUGCCCGGUCUGAUAUUGCACGACAUGGAAGCAUGAAAAAGAGAGAGUCAGGAGAGACAAUUCGGACUGAACCAGCUGACUCUGAGUGGGCUCUAGCUUAG